AUGCCCAAGGUCAAGCACUACUCGGCAGCUUGGCUGUCGGGCAACGCCCCCGGCCACCAGCUGUUCGAGCCCUUGGCCGAGGCGAUUCGAUCGCGCGCCCUGUCGCCAUCCUACUCCUCCAAGAAGAAGCCCGCUGCGGGGCCCCGGAGGACCAUUGCCCGGCGAGGCACCGAAGUCUUUGCUGCCGUCGGCAAGGAGAUUCGAUGGGCCGACUUGGUCUACAUGAGAGAUGACUGGGCGGCCAAGCAGUCGCGCGGGAGGUCUGGCUCCGGCAUUCGCAGCAUCAAGAGAGAGGAUUCGAUACAGUCGAUAGAGAGCUUUGGAAAGACGGAACACGCCGCCGGGUUUCGGACGCUCAAGACUCCCGUGGCAGAUGACAUCCGCCAGCUCAUCAUCUCGCCCAGCUCACAGCAUCUCGCCAUCCUCACGGCACACACCAUCCACAUCUGCGUCCUUCCAGACUCGUCGCACCUGACGAGCGAGGACACGGGGCCGAUGCGCCCAAAAAUCUUCACGCUUGGGCCCACCACUCACGUCACGUCUCGAUCACCCAUUGUGUCCGCCCUGUGGCAUCCGCUGGGAGUCAAUGGCUCCUGCAUCGUCACCGUCACGGCAGACGCAAUAGUCCGCGUGUGGGAGCUGUCUGCCAGCGAUCGGUGGUCCUACGACUCGCCCUCGACUUCGGUCGAUCUAAAGAAGCUGGCCGACGGCAUGACGUUGGACCAAGACUUCACCGCGUCCCACGCGGCCACCAACAAGGCCUUUUCCCCGGACUCGUUUGAGAUGGAGGUGGCCGCGGCCAGCUUCGCGACGAGAGGGUCAGGGGGGUGGAAUCCCAUGACCCUCUGGAUCGCUAUGAGAGAAGGGGACCUGUAUGCCCUGUGCCCUUUACUGCCGCAGCGCUGGGCACCGCCGCCGACCUUGAUCCCGUCCUUGUCCGUCUCCAUUGUGACCACGGUCGCCAGCAUCGAGGAUGACCCCAGCGUCGACGAAAACGAAAAGCUCUUGGCACAGCAACAACUACAGUGGAUGGGCGAGUUGGACUCGCAGGAGCCUCAGGUCAUCGAGGGGCUUCCUGGCGAGCCUCUGUUGGAGGUUUACACACGGCCGUCGAGGCCUGGCGUGAUUCCACGACUCCAGGGCCCUUUUGAUCUCAUUUCAGAUCCCGACUCGGGCGAUGACCUGGACACGAUGAUUACCGACAUCCUGGUUAUUGGCAAGAGAACCGAGACGGAUGAUCUCAUGAUGGGAGAGGAGGAGGAGCUCGAUCUGGAAGAGGGCGACCAAGAAGGGUCGUCGCUUGGCGUCGUCUGCCUGCUUUCCACGAGCGGUCAGGUCCGAAUAUAUCUGGAUCUUGACGGCGUUCAAGCGCAGUGGCUGCCGCCCAAGAGCAAGUCGAGGCCGGGUCGGACCCCGGUGCUGCCGGAGCCCAGUCUCCUCGCCUUCCAAGCCAUCGAUACCAUGAGCCCCGUCGAGGUCAGCGAGGAGAGCUGGCCGCUGUUUAGCACCGACGUCACGUCUCGAUACAACUUCUUCGUCACGCACCAUGCCGCCAUCACAUUCAUCUCUCUCACGUCGUGGAUCUUUCGCCUCGAGGGAGAGCUGCUCGGUGACCACGAGGCAGGCACAGACUUUAGAAUCGGACUGUUGGUCAACUCGCAAUCCGGUAGGGACAGGAUUUACGCCCAGCCGACAGCCGACGUCGCCGUGCCCCUGGCUGCCUGCGUGGCCAUCCGCGACCCCGACCUGGGCUACUUUUUGCUCUCUGCGACGCCCUACGAGCCGGUGGCCUUGACGUUUGAGACUCCGGACAUUGAGACGGAGCCGCUACGCCAAGAAAGCUCGCCUCUGGACGGCGAGGCCAGCAUGGCUCCGCUGGAAUUUUACGAGCCUCGCCCCGUGUUCAACCCGCCGCAUGCCUUUGACCAAGGCUCAGCGCUGCCGACACUGCUCGAACGUCUGCGGACGUCUCGUCACAAGACAGUUGUCAACCAGGAAGUGAAACUGAGCCCGCUCACGCUCCAGAUCUUCACGGACGCCCACAAGGUCCUUAGCGACGAGACCUUUAGACUUGGAAUGGCGGCAGCCGAGCUGUUUCGGCGAUGCGAGCUGCUUCAGGCGGAGCUGCGGCAACAGAUUCGCAAGGCCAACGAGGUCAAGGGCAAGGUGGACACGAUUAGCGGAGCCCACCGGCCCGACCACGAGACGGACAAUGCGACGUACGAUCGAAGAAUCUCCGAGGCCAAGACUCGCCAGGACAAGCUGGCGCAACGGGUGGACAGCUUGCGAAAGCUCGUGGGCCGAGCCACGACGAGGGACCUGAGCACCAAGGAACGCGCGUUUGUGGAGGAAGUCAGGAUACUGGAUGCCAGUUUGGGCGGCGAGGCGGGCGGCGAGGCGAUUGGGGCUCGGCAGCAGGCCAAGCAACCGUGGAAGCGGCUGGAGGAAGUGACGAGUCUGCAGACCGAACUGCUGGACGAGGCGGGGUCGUUGAGUAAGCCGGGCAAUGUCGAAGCGGCCAAGCCAGGGGAAAUCAGGAUUCCGCAGGAUAUCCGGCGGAGCAAGCUCCAGCAAGUGCAAGGACUCUUGUCGAGGGAGACGGCCCUGGUCGAAGCGCUGACCUCGCGGCUGGAGCGGCUACAGGCCGACGUGUGA